UUUGCUUUUGUUUCUCCAUCCUCUUCUCUCUCUAUCACUCUGAUAUCAUCAUUGUCAAAUUUUAGCUUUACUUAAUUUUGGGUCUGUCUCUUACAACUAAGAUCCUACCAUUUUCUUUUGGAGAGCUUACUACUCUGUAUUCAACUUCUUUAGUUCUGUCCUGGUGUGCUUUUUGCCUUUUCUGCAAAUUUCUUUGCCCAGGCAUCAAAUUUUGGAGCUUGGGUUUUUUCUUUUCUUUGCUCAUUUACUUGUUUUGGGUCUCCAUGGCGAGUCACAAUGGUGAUGGCAAGUCCAAGAUGGAAGACUAUGAAGUUAUAGAACAGAUUGGAAGAGGAGCUUUUGGAGCUGCUUUUCUUGUUCUCCAUAAACUUGAGAAAAUCAAGUAUGUGUUGAAGAGGAUUCGGCUGGCUAAGCAAACUGAGAAGUUUAAGCGAACAGCACACCAAGAGAUGGAACUGAUUGCCAAAUUGAAUAAUCCAUAUAUUGUCGAGUACAAAGAUGCUUGGGUUGAUAAGGGAAACAGUAUAUGCAUUGUAACUAGCUACUGUGAGGGAGGGGACAUGGCUGAGCUAAUUAAGAAGGCCAGAGGUAUGCACUUUCCUGAGGAGAAAAUAUGCAAGUGGAUGACUCAGUUGUUGUUGGCUGUGGACUACCUACACUCAAACCGUGUUCUUCAUCGGGAUAUGAAGUGUUCCAACAUAUUCCUUACGAAGGAUAAUGACAUCCGGCUUGGUGACUUUGGACUUGCAAAAUUACUUAACACUGAAGACCUUGCUUCCUCGGUUGUUGGCACACCCAACUAUAUGUGUCCGGAGCUCCUUGCAGAUAUACCUUAUGGCUAUAAAUCGGAUAUAUGGUCACUUGGUUGCUGCAUGUUUGAGAUUGCUGCACAUCAACCUGCAUUUAGAGCUCCAGAUAUGGCGGGACUUGUUAACAAAAUCAACAGAUCAUCCAUUUCUCCUCUCCCGAUUUUGUAUUCCUCCACGCUGAAGCAAAUAAUUAAGAGCAUGCUAAGGAAGAACCCGGAACACAGACCAACUGCUUCUGAACUCUUAAGACACUCCCAUUUGCAACCUCAUGUCCUUCGCUGCAGAAAUCCAUCUACGGUUUAUCUUCCGGUAAAGCCCACAAACAGCUCAAAGGAGAAGACACCUAGAAAAUCAUUUUCGAACAAACCUGGUAUUGGGAAGGACAGGGGGUUUGGGAUUAAAGAUGCUGGGGUAUCGAAUGGACAACGAAAUAUACAUCCAUUUCCGAGAAUGGCUGAUGUACAUGUAAGCUGUUCACCUACUCAUGAAAAGCCGGCAUCCUCUGCUAGUACCAAAGACAACCCUGUCACUAAGAGGGUUGAUCCUACUAGCUGUGCAGUUGAAAUAUCCAACGCUACUAGUGAUUCCAAAGACACGUCCACUGAUUCCGAAGUAAGUGUUAGCAACGGAGACAAACAGGCUCAGCUUAGAAGUGUUCCCCGAAAGGAUGCUGAUGUGGAGUCUACUUUGGAGACAGCAUUCAAUUCUAAGCAUGAUGAACAAGAAGAACCCACUUUUGAGCACACUCAAAACUUUCCUGAAGCUGAUAUGAAGACUAAAAAUAAAAAAGAUGAGACAAUCUGUGAUGUUCAGGUUCUUGAAGAAGCAGCAAAAGAGGUUCUCGAUAUAUCGAGGGAUUCUAGUAAACUGACAAUCUCCAGUAUAAGUUGUGAUGAUAAAAAUGGGUACCGUGAUGACGGAAGUUCAUCAUCUACUAUUUAUGAGACUGAUGUUGAUCGAAUAUGCUCGUCAACUAAAACAUGUAGUCAUAAUGCAACAACAGAAGGUGCUGACACGAGCUAUUUGUCAUCUGAAAGUAAUGCUGUGCAUCCAAGUGCAGGUGAAGCAGGAGCAGCAUCCGAGAAUAAUACGAAAGAUAGUGCACGACCGGUUCACUUGACGGCAAGUGAUGUAUCGUUACUGAGUAAACUGACAGCCAUGAGCGGUGACGAAAUUAAGAGUGUGUGGGAGAAUCCGAGCCAGGAAAGAGCUGAUGCAUUGGAGUCUCUGCUUGAGCUAUGUGCCCAGCUUCUUAAACAAGACAAAAUCGAUGAGCUUGCUGGUGUGCUGCGACCGUUCGGGGAAGAAGUUGUGUCGUCAAGAGAAACAGCAAUUUGGUUAACAAAGAGUCUCAUGGCUGCCCAAAAGUUCACCGGUGCAACCUAACUUUCAUGAAUUGGUUGGAGCCAUAAUUUAUUCAUCGUUGCGAGAAAAUGUUUUCUUUUUGCCUUCUUACAUAUAUUUGACAUAAAGUGUGUACUUCUUCUGGUUUGCUUGAAGAGAAAGAAACUCGAGAAACUAUAUUUUGGGGGAUUUCUAUGGAAUAACAACGACACUGGUGAUCUUUUAUUGUUCCAAAGCAGAAA